AUGAGUUCUCAAGAAUAUCUAAAUCUCCAGCAAAGCCAAAACCUCCAACCAAAUCAAAAACAUAUUGAAGUUUUCAUCUUCAAAAAAAUGAGUUCCCGAACGCGUCAAAAGCUAAAAUAUGCUGGAAAAUUAUUUGACAUCGGUCAAAAAAUUCAUAUGUAUGUUCAUACUACUCUGGGCACCUACUAUGUGCUAAGAUCAAUUGAUUUUAGCCAAGCGGUAUAUAUCGUGGAGUAUUUGACUUUCCUAUUGAUCGCUAAUGAAGCCGAAGAUUUAUUAAAAUUAAAAGAAUUAGUUUUUAAAAGCGCCCAAAAGCUGGAAAUCAACAUCGAAGAG